AUGGCUCUACAAGUUCAGUUGUCGCGUUAUAUGGAACGUGUGAAGGAUAACAGGGGGAUAAGGUUCGUGUUAGCCACCGCUGUAGUUUUGCUGCUACUCGGCAUUAUAUGCGCGAUAUUUUUCGGGACCUGGGUCAGACUAUUUAUUGAUCAUGAGCUGGUGCUCCGCCCUGGCUCGAUGACCUUCGAGUGGUGGGCGCGACCGCCGGUGCGACCGUUCGUUCAUGUGUACGUCUACAACGUCACCAACGCUGAUGAGUUCCUCAACAACGGCUCCAAACCGAUACUCGAUGAACUCGGCCCCUACGUGUACUCGGAAGAGUGGGAGAAAGUGAACAUAACCGACAACGAGAACGGGACGCUCUCCUUCCACUAUAAAAGGACAUACACAUUCCAGCCAGAACUAAGCUCGGGCCUCGACGAUGAUGCCGUCGUCGUGCCCAAUAUUCCCAUGCUG